AUGUUUCACCGUGAAGCCUGGCUCGGGGAACAUUGUGGCGCUGCUGACCGCUGCAUUGUCUUUUUCGGCGAGGAGUCGGCUGUUUGGCCUCUACGAUACCAGGGAGUAGGCGACUGGAACCCUCUCAGAGCGGAUGAGCCUGAACUGGACUCAGAGCCGGCUGAACAUGCCAACGAAGCCAAUUCGAGUGUUCGAUCUUUCGUACAAACUCCAACAGACAACCAGUCCAAGGGGCGGGCAGGCGAACCACGCGACAACGGUUUUCCUGCAGGUCCAGGGGCUGCGGAGCCAAGUGGGCCGAGUGUUUCGAUGUGA